UGAUUGAUAACCCGCGGCUGUGGUGGACUUUCUAACAGGUACAGGAAAGAGACUUUAUUUCUUCUUAAUUAAUGCAUUAUCCUUCUACCAGUGAACAAGAUAUAGCGGUCAUAUAUCUUGCUUUCCAUGAGCUUGACCUUCCAUCCUUCUAACUAAAACACAAGAGCAGCUUAACUUUUUUUACCAUUAAUCUCUGAUUCAUGGCCACUAAGCUUGUUCAACAACCAAUCCCAGCUUCCCAUGUCAUUCCUCCAAAACCAAGAGCCACAAAAAUCAUUAAAACUCUCAGAUUAUUCUCAGCCACACAUUCAAGGACCAAGAGCCCCAUAUUUGGCGAGUGCAUAUCUAGUUUUAGACCCAUUUAUUUCACCAAAGUUGCAGAACAAAGCCCUGGCAUGGUUGAGGAUGAAACACUUGCCCAGGCCAAAACAGAGCUUUACCAGGCAAUACAAGGAUUGAAUAGAGGGAUAUUUGGAAUCCCAUCUGCAAAGAAAUCUGAGAUUGAAGGUUUCGUGAAGCUGCUAGAAUCUCAGAAUCCAACUCCAGAUCCUACUCUGAAACUAGAGAAGGUGGGUGGAUGCUGGAAACUUGUUUACAGUACAAUUACAAUCUUGGGUUCAAAGAGAACGAAGCUAGGCUUGAGAGAUUUCAUUUCAUUGGGAGAUUUUUUCCAGAUCAUUGAUGUUACUAAGGGAAAAGCAGUGAAUGUGGUCAAGUUCAGUGCAAAGGGGCUAAAUCUGUUCAAUGGAAAGCUCACGAUUGAGGCCUCCUUCAAGAUUUCAUCAAAAGCAAGAGUUGACAUUAGUUACGAUCAGUCAUCAAUCACUCCUGUCCAGUUGAUGAAUGUGUUCCGGAAGAACUAUGAUAUUCUACUUGGCAUCUUCAAUCCACAAGGUUGGCUCGAGAUUACAUAUGUUGAUGAUGAACUGAGGAUAGGGAGGGAUGAUAAAGGCAAUAUCUUCAUAUUAGAGCGUACAGGAGAUAAUGAACCCUAAGCCUUGCUCUCCGGCACUGCCAUGAGUCCCCAGUUUUUAGAAGAUCAUUAUUGGAGGGUUUAGGCUUUUAGCUCAUUUUAACGUGACAACCAUCAUUGCAUUGCUUCAAAAAACUUUUGAUUGUAACUCAAAAAAUUGUAUUAAAAAGAAAAAAGAAAAAAGGUGAAGCUGCUUAUCUGCA